AUGCCAUUGGGCUAUCUGCUCUCCCUGCUGAACUCGUCCAAGGAAGAUAAGGUGGGGCCUGGACGGGUCCGUACAGCGAGUGCAGCAAUCAGCUCCUACUUCCGCCUAGCCGGCAGAGCACCCCCUACAGAGCACCCUGCCUGCAGCAUCGUCCGCGACCUCGCCAAAAAGCAACUCCAAGGCCGUAAGCUGGAACGCGACGCCCUGGAGCCGGUGGACGUCACAGUGCUGGCCCGGCUGGUCAGUGGGCUGGAGCCGCUCCUUGACCAACUGAUGACCGUUAUGGCCGUCGUGGUCAUGUUCACGGGGUUCUUUCGGUUCGAUAAUGCUGCGGAGAUAAGCGUUCACGAGGGCUAUCUGGUUAUCACGGCAACUGGGAUGGAUGUUUUCAUCCCUCGAUCCAAGACCGAUCAGCAGAGACAGGGACGGUACAAACGCCGCCCAGACACGCCGGGCGAGGACGUCGGGCCCCUUUUGCGACCAGUCCAGUGGAACAGGGCCGGGGGGUACCUGUCAGGCCCCCUGACAGGCACGGUGGCCCAGCCGAUCCACUCCCUGUCGUACCCUGCCUUCUGCCACCGGCUCAACAAGACCCUGCAGGCGGCGGGGAUCACCCGCCGCAUCACUGCGCAUUCCAUGCGCAUAGGAGGAAAUAGCACUGCCGCCGACCGCAGUGUGCCUGAGGACCUGCGCAAAGUGCACGGCCGCCCCUUGCUUCCUUUUUCCGCUAUCCCCAGUCUUGCCCCAGAUGCAGCACUGAUUGGCUCGGCCUGGCGUCGGCGGGCUCCUGAGAGGCGCCCCCCCCCUUCAGCAUGGUGGCAGGGGGAGGCAGCACGCGUGCGGGAGGGGGGUGGGGAGUUGGAGGUCAACCCCACAGAAGGAGAUGGUGUGCCCGAUAUGGGACCGGAGGUGGACGUGAUGACAGGAACUGUAGGAGAGGAACCGGCGGAUGAUUGGAUGGACGACACUCUUGCCCAGUUGCAUGAACCUAGCCGCCGGCGCCUGCUUCCAGAGCCGGCAUUCGCACGGAUACGAAAAGAGACGCGUCUACUGUCAGAGGAUGAGGAGGAGUAUGAGAGUGAGGGUAGUAGCCCGGAGUGCACCCAGCAAGAGGGUGAGGUUGACACAGGGGAGGGGGAGGAGAGUGAGUCCGAAUUGUCUGAGGAGGAAUUGGAUGAGAAGACGGUGGGUGGAAGUGGAAAGCAGCGGAGUGUGCAACAGCACCCUAAGCGCCCAAGUGGUAACAGGCCUGUGGUGAUGGAGCAGUCUGCCAGGGGACAGCCGGCAAAGAGGGUAAAGGCUUCUACCUCUGCUCCAGAGUUAGUGGAUACUGGCGCGUACGGCCUGUGUGUCGAAGGAGCUAAGACCCCCAGCAGGGGCAGAAGCAGGGGGCGAGGCAGCCAGGAGCAAGGGAAAGGGCUUGGAGCAAAGCCCCCCAGGGGCAGGGGCAGGGGCAGGGGCUAGCAUAGCUUGUGUAGCUAGUAUUGCCUUUAAGUUGUUGCAUUUAAGCUUGUGAGUUGGUGGCCUGGUUUAUGCUUAUGGGCGACAAUUGCAUGAAAUGCUGGGUGACAGGGGUGACAAUAAUGCGCGCAGGCUUGAGAGUGGGACUUCUGGGCCCAUAAUACAUUGAAAGGCCGAGUGAGAGGGGUGACAUUGCGUGAUGGCUGUUGUGGAUGGUGGGUGACAGGGGUGACAACAUUGCGCGCAGGCUUGUGUGGAUGCCAGGUGACAGAUCUGACAAAUUGGGUACACAUGUGUGAAUGCUGCGUGACAACAAAGCGUGCAGGCUUGUGUGAAUGCUGCUUGACAUUGGUGGCAUUGGUGACACAAACAUUGUUGUGAAUGCCGGGUGGUGACGCUGACGUUGAUGACACAAACAUUGUUGUGAAUGCCGGGUGACAGGGGUGACAGCCUUGUGCAGGAAGGUUUAUGCAGAUUACAGGUGACAGGUGUGAUGGCCUUGUGCAGUCAAGGAAUGCCAGGUGACACGGGUGACAGUGGUGUGCACACAUGGACAAGGAUAAAUUUAGGUAUUUUAGGUAUAUACCUGAAUCAUAUAUGAAUAUGCUUAAUGGCAUGGUGCCAAGAUGAUGUGGGAGGCAGUGAUAACAGUACUGUCCCAGGUGUGUAGGCAUGCAGGCAGGGUGCUAGGUAGGAUGAAUACCUGACCAUUAACCCACCGACCAU